GUGGCUCGGGGUCUCGGAGCUUUGCCCGGCGCCGCUGUGUCCGUUUCAAGAGCGCGCGUGCAGUCCUCUGCCCGAGCGCACUCUCGCUCGCUGGCUCCAUGGACAUGGCGAUGGUGACUCCUGGGCUUGCUCGGAUUUCCUCUCCAGGGUUUUGUGCCUCGUCCGCCCGCGAUACUUCGUCUCUAGGAUGUUCCGGCUGCCGACUUCAGCUGUGGAGAACAUCUCCCCUCGUGACCCGGGGACUUCGUGAGGAAAGGCAAUCGAAUCAUGGUACGAUAUGCAGGGCCUACGACGAGCGUAAGCUCUCACACAAGGAGAGUUCCAAAUUUCAAGGCAGGCCCUGUCAAGGAGAUGGAUCCUACCUCAAGCAGGAUACCCGGUCAAGUGUGGCUGCCGGGGCAAUUCCAUCGGGGGUCACAGCCGUUGCGACUUUACUGACGAUAGGAGGUUCACUUUACGCGUUGCUACAGCUGAACAAAGACAAACUCGAAACUUGGCAAUCAAAGAAGGAGUGUCAGACUUGCUCUGGAUCGGGACUUUGUCCCACAUGCGAUGGUGAAGGGUUUAACUUGAGAAAUCUGUCAAGCGAGGCUGCAGCCAAAGCUAGGGCCAACGCAAAGGAUGCUGCCACGCGAUACACUGCAGGACUGGCGAAAAAGUGGAACUACUGCACAACCUGUCAAGGAGCACGGGGAUGUCCGGACUGCCAGGGUAGAGGUUGGGUAGAGUAGUGUUUCACUUGAGUCGAAUGUUUUUGAGAUGCAAUUCACACCGAUCAUAUUGUCGGUAUUGUCAUGUAGAUUACGAACGACACGUAUGUGAACCACUUGGAUUUGGUUCACAUUUCCUUGCAAUCGCAAGCUCUGUCUCAUCUGAGUUGAAGAAGAAAGUGGACGCUUUCUUUGUAAUGUUUAUGUCAAAAGUAUUAUGUCUGUCCCUAUGAAAUCAGCCUGCCUGACUUCCUUGUAAGGUCGUCAUGCAAUUAUGGAAGCCUUAAUGUAUCAAGUAGAGUCGCUUUUUCCCUCGUUCUUUACCUCGGCGAUGAACUUGUCGAGAAGUGUGAAACUGUAAACAGACCGAAGUACAAUCUCUGUACGGUUUCUCUUGUCGCGUGUAAUCUAGCAAGUCAGCUCGCUGGUGUCUCGAAUGUUCCCUACGGGUUUGAAGUUGACAUGUUCUCAUGCCACCUCGUAAAUGUGGCACUGUUUGUAGGAGCUUCGCCUCUCGUGACAGUUUUGAAAGUCUCUCUUGUUGUAAUUCUUAAUGUUUUCUCAAAUGGUCAAUUAAGUGCAGAACUUUUAAAUCUUCUGCCAACCGAUUA